UUCUGUGUGGUUCUCCACCCCCACCCCCCAGCUGAGUGGAGGAGUUGAUGUGUCUCAUUAUAACAGCCAAUGCAGCCGCCAUCCACGCACAAGCAAAGAAGCAUGUCCCAUUUAAAUACACCCACGCAGCUCCAGCGCCCUUAGCCGAUCGGGGCGCGCAGCCCACACGCACCGCGGCUCCGGGCUUGGAGAUCCGCGCAGGUUGGGCUCCCGGACCCGGCGGACCGGCACACGGAGGCUCGAGAUCGGGCGCUGAGGGGCCGGGGUGGGCGGGGGAGGCUGGGCCCGGGGCCUCUGGCUCGACACCCGCAGGAGGACGCGCGUGAAACAGAUCAAGGUGGAAUUUCCAAGGGAGAAGCUUUGGGGUGGCUUUGGUCCAUUUCUCGGGCGAAGAAGUAGACAUGGCGAGCGACUCCCCGGCUCGCAGCCUGGAUGAAAUCGAUCUCUCGGCUCUGAGGGACCCAGCAGGGAUCUUUGAAUUGGUGGAACUUGUUGGAAACGGGACAUAUGGGCAAGUUUAUAAGGGUCGUCAUGUCAAAACCGGCCAGCUUGCAGCCAUUAAGGUUAUGGACGUCACAGGGGAUGAAGAGGAAGAAAUCAAACAAGAAAUUAACAUGUUGAAGAAAUAUUCUCAUCACCGGAAUAUUGCUACGUACUAUGGUGCUUUUAUCAAGAAGAACCCGCCCGGCAUGGAUGACCAGCUUUGGCUGGUGAUGGAGUUUUGCGGCGCUGGCUCUGUCACUGACCUGAUUAAGAACACGAAAGGGAACACGCUGAAAGAAGAGUGGAUCGCAUACAUCUGCAGAGAGAUCUUACGGGGGCUGAGUCACCUGCACCAGCAUAAAGUGAUUCAUCGAGAUAUUAAAGGUCAAAAUGUCUUGCUGACGGAAAAUGCGGAAGUUAAAUUAGUGGAUUUUGGGGUGAGUGCCCAGCUUGAUAGAACAGUGGGCAGGAGGAAUACUUUCAUUGGCACUCCCUACUGGAUGGCACCUGAAGUCAUUGCCUGUGAUGAAAACCCAGAUGCCACCUAUGACUUCAAGAGUGACCUGUGGUCUCUGGGAAUCACCGCCAUUGAGAUGGCAGAAGGCGCUCCCCCUCUCUGUGACAUGCACCCCAUGAGAGCCCUCUUCCUCAUCCCCCGGAACCCAGCACCUCGGCUGAAGUCCAAGAAGUGGUCCAAAAAAUUCCAGUCCUUCAUCGAGAGCUGCUUGGUGAAGAAUCACAGCCAGCGGCCGGCCACAGAGCAGCUGAUGAAGCACCCGUUUAUCCGCGAGCAGCCCAACGAGCGCCAGGUCCGCAUCCAGCUCAAGGACCACAUUGACAGGACAAAGAAGAAGCGUGGGGAGAAAGAUGAGACUGAGUACGAGUACAGCGGAAGUGAGGAAGAGGAGGAGGAGAACGACUCGGGAGAGCCCAGCUCCAUCCUGAACCUGCCGGGGGAGUCGACACUGCGGCGGGACUUCCUGAGGCUCCAGCUGGCCAACAAGGAGCGGUCGGAGGCCCUGCGGCGGCAGCAGCUGGAGCAGCAGCAGCGGGAGAACGAGGAGCACAAGCGGCAGCUGCUGGCUGAGCGCCAGAAGCGCAUCGAGGAGCAGAAGGAGCAGCGCCGGCGGCUGGAGGAGCAACAAAGGCGCGAGAAGGAGCUGCGCAAGCAGCAGGAGAGGGAGCAGCGCCGCCACUAUGAGGAGCAGAUGCGGCGGGAGGAGGAGCGGAGGCGCGCCGAGCACGAGCAGGAGUAUAAGCGCAAACAGCUGGAAGAGCAGAGACAAGCAGAAAGACUGCAGAGACAGCUAAAGCAGGAGAGGGACUACUUGGUUUCCCUUCAGCAUCAGCGGCAGGAGCAGAGACCCGUGGAGAAGAAGCCGCUGUACCAUUACAAAGAAGGCAUGAGUCCCAGUGAGAAGCCAGCAUGGGCCAAGGAGGUAGAAGAACGGUCAAGGCUUAACCGGCAGAGUUCACCUGCCAUGCCUCACAAGGUUGCCAACAGAAUAUCUGACCCCAACCUGCCCCCAAGGUCGGAAUCCUUCAGCAUUAGUGGGGUUCAGCCUGCUCGGACACCUCCCAUGCUUAGACCAGUGGAUCCCCAGAUCCCUCAUCUGGUAGCUGUGAAAUCCCAGGGACCUGCUUUGACCGCCUCCCAGUCAGUGCAUGAGCAGCCCACCAAGGGCCUGUCUGGGUUUCAGGAAGCUCUGAGCGUGACCUCUCACCGCGUGGAGAUGCCACGCCAGAACUCGGAUCCCACCUCUGAAAACCCGCCUCUCCCCACGCGAAUCGAAAAGUUUGACCGAAGUUCUUGGUUACGACAGGAGGAAGACAUUCCACCAAAGGUGCCUCAAAGAACUACUUCUAUAUCCCCAGCGUUAGCCAGAAAGAAUUCUCCUGGGAAUGGUAGUGCUCUGGGACCCAGACUAGGAUCUCAGCCCAUCAGAGCAAGCAACCCGGAUCUCCGGAGAACUGAGCCUGUCCUGGAGAGUCCCCUUCACAGGACCAGCAGUGGCAGCUCCUCCAGCUCCAGCACCCCCAGCUCCCAGCCCAGCUCGCAAGGAGGCUCCCAGCCCGGGUCACAAGCUGGGUCCAGUGAACGUACCAGAGUUCGAGCCAACAGCAAGUCAGAAGGAUCACCUGUGCUCCCACAUGAGCCUGCCAAGGUGAAACCAGAAGAAUCUAGGGACAUUACCCGGCCUGGUCGACCAGCUAGCUAUAAGAAAGCUAUAGAUGAGGAUCUGACGGCAUUAGCCAAAGAACUAAGAGAACUCCGGAUUGAAGAAACAAACCGCCCACUGAAGAAGGUGACCGAUUACUCCUCCUCCAGUGAGGAGUCGGAGAGCAGUGAAGAGGAGGAGGAAGAUGGAGAGAGCGAGACCCAUGAUGGGACAGUGGCUGUCAGUGACAUACCCAGACUGAUACCAACAGGCACUCCAGGGAGCAACGAGCAGUACAAUGUGGGAAUGGCUGGGACGCACGGGUUGGAGACCUCUCAUGCGGACACCUUCAGCAGCAGCAUUUCAAGAGAGGGGACCUUGAUGAUCAGAGAGACAUCUGGAGAGAAGAAGCGAUCCGGCCAUAGUGACAGCAAUGGCUUCGCAGGUCACAUCAAUCUCCCAGACCUGGUGCAGCAGAGCCAUUCUCCGGCUGGGACCCCGACGGAAGGCCUGGGGCGUGUGUCUACCCAUUCCCAGGAGAUGGACUCUGGGACUGAAUAUGGCAUGGGGAGCAGUACCAAAGCCUCCUUCACCCCCUUCGUGGACCCCCGAGUAUACCAGACCUCUCCCACUGAUGAAGACGAAGAGGAUGAGGAAUCAUCAGCUGCAGCUCUGUUUACCAGUGAACUUCUUAGGCAAGAACAGGCCAAACUCAAUGAAGCAAGAAAGAUCUCAGUGGUAAAUGUGAACCCAACCAACAUCCGGCCUCAUAGUGACACACCAGAAAUCAGAAAAUACAAGAAACGAUUCAACUCAGAAAUACUCUGUGCAGCUCUGUGGGGUGUAAACCUUCUGGUGGGGACUGAAAAUGGCCUGAUGCUCUUGGACCGAAGUGGGCAAGGCAAAGUCUACAAUCUGAUCAACCGGAGACGAUUUCAGCAGAUGGAUGUGCUAGAGGGAUUGAAUGUCCUUGUGACAAUAUCAGGAAAGAAGAAUAAGCUACGAGUUUACUAUCUGUCAUGGUUAAGAAACAGAAUACUACACAAUGACCCAGAAGUAGAAAAGAAACAAGGCUGGAUCACUGUUGGGGACUUGGAAGGCUGCAUACAUUACAAAGUUGUUAAAUAUGAAAGGAUUAAAUUCUUGGUGAUUGCCUUAAAGAAUGCUGUGGAGAUAUAUGCUUGGGCUCCUAAACCAUAUCAUAAGUUCAUGGCAUUUAAGUCUUUUGCAGAUCUCCAGCACAAGCCCCUGCUAGUUGAUCUCACCGUAGAGGAAGGUCAAAGGUUAAAGGUUAUUUUUGGCUCACACACUGGUUUCCAUGUAAUUGAUGUUGAUUCAGGAAACUCUUAUGAUAUCUACAUACCAUCUCAUAUUCAGGGCAAUAUCACUCCUCAUGCUAUUGUCAUCUUGCCUAAGACAGAUGGAAUGGAAAUGCUUGUUUGCUAUGAGGAUGAGGGGGUGUACGUAAACACCUAUGGCCGGAUAACUAAGGAUGUGGUGCUGCAAUGGGGAGAAAUGCCCACGUCUGUGGCCUACAUUCAUUCCAAUCAGAUAAUGGGCUGGGGCGAGAAAGCUAUUGAGAUCCGGUCAGUGGAAACAGGACAUUUGGAUGGAGUAUUUAUGCAUAAGCGAGCUCAAAGGUUAAAGUUUCUAUGUGAAAGAAAUGAUAAGGUAUUUUUUGCAUCCGUGCGAUCUGGAGGAAGUAGCCAAGUGUUUUUCAUGACCCUCAACAGAAAUUCCAUGAUGAACUGGUAACAGAAGAGCACUUGGCACUUAUCUUCAUGGCAUUAUUUCUAAUUUAAAAGAACAUAACUCAUGCGGACUUAUGCCAGUCUAGAGGCAGAAUCAGAAGGCUUGAUUGAACAGACAGCUUUCCCCUCUUCCUCUCCCUCCACCCCUCCCCACAGUCCGUCUUUCAGUGUUGCAGCCUGGUUGAGAAGGAGAGAAAAAGGUGGCAAGAAUUUCCAGGAGAUCCCCAAGAAUGCGGCGUUGUCUACAAAGAUGGACCAUGUGCCCUUCGGAGUUAGGGAUAGAAACAAAUAUUGUGUGCUCUUAUGAUUAAGCUGUGUUAGAUGGGUUUUGAAUUUUUGUGUUUUUCAGUUUUGUUUUUUUACCUUUUCUUUAUCCCCUUACUUUGUAAGAAUGAGGAAAUGAUGCAUACUGAGAAAAUAAGUCUGUUUUUAAUUGUCUGCCUGCUAGUUUUAAGUAUAUGAUAUUGUAAAAUUUCCAAUUUCCAAUGGUGAGAGACAGCACAAUAAAUGUACCUUAUCCCCUUACCCUGAAGGCCAUAACUGCAUAAUGGGGUAACUUAAGAACUCUUGCCUUCACCAAUCCAGAGGUUGCUUUUUAAUAGCAACUGGCUAAUGAAUUUUUGAGAAGAAAAAUACUAGUUUUCCCCUCUUUUGGGAAAUAGAUUUUAAAUGGCUAAACUACUAGCCUUAAUCUAAUAAAAAAAUCAACUAUGACUUUUCUGACAGGCCAUACUUUUACGUGGCCCUUUAUGAAACAGAGUGUGUUGAAUGGGAUAGUAAUGGCAUUGAGGUGAGUUGGCCCUAGCAAUGGAGGGACUUCUAACACAAAGUCACCUCAGCUAAAUGCAACAGAUCAGGGAAAAAGACGUGAUGGAAGAUGAGGUCAGACAGAAAGAGCGACUAGGAAACAAGCCUGCCUACACACACACCCACCCACCUACCCCCACACACACUUUUGUAAAAUGCACAAAGCCUCCUGGCUAAGAAGUCACUUGGUUUGGGCUUCAUUAAGAUGGAGACUGUUCUGAGCAUUGGGGAGGGGGGUGGGUAGGUAAGAUGACAUCCAGGCUCUGGACAUUCCCAGCUCUCUCCUUGGGGUGCCACUUUCUCAAGAUGAAAACUGUGACUGAAAAAGAUGAAUAAGAAAUGUUUCUGAGCUGCCUGUGUUCUCCCUGGGUCGGCGAAAAAAGGGACUAGACUCCUAAGCCUGCUUCUAACACAGCAGGCAGCAUUGCCUCAGAUUUUAGAGAACUUGAAAGCAAGGCUUUAGCCAAAAUUCUGAGACCCUAAAUCACUUGACCUUCCUCCAAAUUACCCGACAUCCGGUAAGCAACAUUUGUGCAGAGAUAUGUAUGUAUUUAGUUCAGGUUGACUUGUUCCUUCUAAACUCUUACUCGGAUGAUUUAAACUUCUACGUGACUGUCUGGGAUUUCUUUUUUCCAAAGCUACAAGCAUGGCCGCCCGUGGUAUCGAGGUGUUGCAAAACGAUAUCUGUGUUGCGCUUCCUGUUUUAACCUACCUCGUUUUGUUUGUUUUUGUUUCACUGUUCAUCACAGCAGUGUUAUCUCCAGGAGACAUAUAGAGAGCUCAAAUGGCAAUCUCAGGUGGUAUUUCAUAUUUCCUUAAAAAACAGUAGUUGGCCAAAUUGUUCAUAAAAAAAAAAAAUUGGAAAAAAAAUUUCAACAAUGAAAAUUGUUUCCAGAGAAAAUAAUUACAGUAAAUGGAUCCAAAAAGAUAUGUGAUCCUACUGAUUUUGCCUAAAUCCAUAAGCAGCUGAUAUGCAAUUAAUGAGAACAAAAUAUGCAUUAGGAAAAUGGAGCCAUUUCAAUCUGAUGGUUUGGGUGAGGGUAUGGGGGCAGUGAAGGAGAAAUAUUCUGGUUUCUGGAUUAAAUAUUUAUGCUCCUCCUGGAAAGGUGGUUAUCAUUUGCAUUUAUGUUAACCAGGAAUCUUAGAACUGCAAUUGAGGAUUAUUUUCAAGCUACCCCAGAUGUCCUCAUCACAGUCCCUUUAGCACUCAGAAGCAAUGAAAGCCUCCCGUUCUCAUUUUUACUGCUGUGGUUGUGCUGCUGAACAAUAUGAUCUUCACAAAUUUCAUGUGACAAAUUUAGCAAUAACUUUCUGGAUUGAACUUAGCAACUACUGUAAUUGGAUGCUGACGUGGACAAAACACGUUGAUUUGAGUUUCAUCCCCAAAUGUGAUUGCCACCAGCUCUUUAUAUUGCUGCUGUGGUAUUUUAAACCAGAAGCUUCUUUAAAUUAUGUUGCAAACUGAUCUUUUAUGUUUUGUUUUGUUUUUAUUUUCUAAGUGAUAAGUUCGAAACACACAGCUUUAAAUGAUUUUUUUAUUGUGGGAUUUGGGUACAGUUAAGAAAUA